AUGCGCGAAUUCAAAGUAGUUGUGCUGGGAUCGGGUGGGGUCGGCAAGAGUGCUUUGACGGUGCAGUUUGUGUCUGGAUGUUUCAUGGAAAAAUACGACCCCACCAUAGAAGAUUUUUAUAGGAAGGAAAUAGAAGUGGACAAUUCACCGUGUGUUUUAGAAAUAUUGGAUACGGCAGGCACAGAACAAUUUGCGUCGAUGCGUGAUUUGUAUAUAAAAAAUGGCCAAGGUUUUGUUGUAGUAUAUUCAUUAACUAAUCACCAGACGUUCCAAGACAUAAAGCCUAUGAAGGAGUUGAUAACACGUGUAAAGGGUUCUGAGCGUGUGCCAAUUCUAUUGGUGGGCAACAAAGCAGAUUUGGAGCAUCAGAGAGAAGUUUCGCAAGCAGAGGGGUCUAGCCUCGCUCAAAUGUGGGGCUGCCCCUUUGUUGAAGCCUCUGCCAAGAGUCGCACAAAUGUGAAUGAAAUGUUCGCCGAGAUAGUGCGUGAAAUGAACGUUAGUCCAGAAAAGGAAAAGAAAACUUAUUGUUGUUGUACAGUGCUUUAA